AUGGGACCUUUAUUACGUCUUGGAAUUUCUCUUUUUGUUUUCGUCCUGAUUUGCGCCGUUGCUAAGAAAUGCGACAGGAAAUUCGAUCUCCAUCUAGAGAAAAUUAUUCUUUCUGAAUCUUCGGAGCAGAACGGCGCCGUGUUUUUGAAAAAGAUCACUGCUCAGUCUCCCGAAAGUUGCUACACAACAUGCUGUGAAAUUGAUCGGUGCACCGUUGCUGUCUACACGCCUAAGGUGUGAUUUUUCUCCUUUGCCCACCCUUUUAGUUUUUGCAUGUUCCCGUUAACUUCUUAUCAGAUUCUUUGACAUUAUGUGACACUUUUCAGACCAAUAAUACCUGACCUGCAUUUUAUAUCCGUCAGGGUUUUAUCUUCCAACUUCGUUUUCUGUUGGCUUUGCCUGAACUUAUUAUACGUAUUCGCGCCCUUUAAGUUAAGUAACUGGUCACAUGAGGGGAUUAAUGCUGUCAAACAGAAAAUAGGUAGCCAACUAAACAACUGUCUGUGUGCAAUAUUAAGUGACAUUUGCUGCCAUGAACGUAUGACUUAACGACAGAGUACAUGACCCCAUUAUGCACCAUUGAUCUACAACCCCCCUCCCCCCACAAUGGAGUCAAGAUGCCUGUUUAACAAUAUAAUUGUUCCGGCUGCUGCCUUACUGCCGGUAACGGCCUGAAAUAGGUCAUCAUUCUCACACGCGCCUGCGCAAGUGGAACAGUCUGCCCGUGCACCGUCUAAAAUCUCAUAUUAUGAUACACAAACGUUAUGGUGGUCCACAUAAUCUAUCGACCAGACUGUCUUAUGUGUUUGAGUGCGAUCGCUGGUGUCCGCUUCUGAUGUAGUAAAGAAUAUAUAGUCAGAUAGGGUUUUAUAGGGAGUCAACGCACCGAUUCCCCAGAAUUUGCAUUUUACGAAAUUAGAAUAUCACAAAUGAAAUGCGAAAAUCACACAAAUGGAUUAGUAGUUCAGAUGCAAUCAAGCAGACAUAUGCGAUGGUAGAGGGACGCAGACAGAUUGUUCUUACGGAACUCAUUUGUUCCGUUGUGCCUUACGGGCUCUCACGGGCCCAACCAGCAGCCGCACAGCGGCGCGUGAUAUAGGCAGAAUGUUAUUACCGACAAAGACAGGGGAGACUGGAAUGGCCAUUUCUGGCUUAUUAGCUGCCGUCAGCCAGUCAUACCAAACCCCGAAGCAACCGACAGGAUAACCAGCCCGUGGCUCUGUGGUUAGAGGUGUUGGACUUCUAACUAGUAGGUCGGGUGGUCGAGCCCCAGGUGUUCCACACUUCGGGGUUGGGUAUGACUGGCUGACGACGGCUAAUAAGCCAGAAGUGGCCAUUCCAGUCUCCCUUGUCUCUGUCGGUAACAACAUUCUGCAGAUUGAUACAAUAUUCGAACGUUUGAUUCAAUGCAGCCCUCGAAACAUUGCUUAGGGGGCUUUUUUUAUCUACACCAUUAGGAACUUUUGAGUAUUUUUCGGGAAUACUAUAGUGAGGCUAAACUAAGAAGAGGCGUUCGCCGGGAGGGGUUUAUUGGAGGUCCGACGUUGCGAGUAGUUGAUUCGUCUACUCAUCUUCAGAGACGAGAAAGUCCUGCGCACAGCCUCCUUUAUAUGCGCACUUUGUUCAAUGCGUCACACACUAAUACCUCCCGCUGAGCCCCUCUUCUUCUUAUAUGCUACCUGGGAUUUGCAUUUUCACUACUAUUGAUGAGGUUAAACUUCCUAAGCCAGUAGCAGACUCUGUUGACGGAAUGGCUUUGAGACUGAACGCCAUUCGCAAAUGCGUUUCUAAUUCAAACUUUGCUUUGCUUAGGAGAAGCAAGGGUUUUUACACCUUUACUAUGAGUUUUUUUGAUUAAUCGAAGUGCUCACUCUUGCCGGAUAUUCUUAUCUAUAAACAUGAUCUUGAGUAUGACCAAAACCUUUAACGUCAUUCUAAACUGAUAGGAGUCUGUUGAGAAGCGUUUUUGACUGCUUUUUGAUGCCAAUAAAGUGAAACAAUACCCCGAACAUAGAAGUCAAGGACACUACGAAUCGAAAACUCGAUGACGAAAGGCAUCGAACGUUUGUGCAAAUAGUCACGUUUCUUAGAAAUCCCCUAGUGAACCUUACUAAGUUUCGAACACCACCACAGUCGCCGACUUUUUCUCAGCUUCCUAUGUAUGACAAUUUUUAAGAUCUUAUUGGGAUCCCAGAAGAUUGUCUCGACGUCAUCAUCGCCAUCACUUCUGUCGAUGAUCUUAACAAUUAUGAGAAUGCCCGAAAGUCCUGACAGUCCUUUAAUGGGCCGAUCCGAAACGGAGCUUAUUAUUCCUUGGUAUUAAAGAAAGGGACGUUAACGUACACGUAGACAGAAGUUUCGAGAAGACCGCUUGCAUUAUUUUUGGGAUCCCACUUGAUUGCAAGCGUAAUACGUGCCGGUCAGAUUCAAUUGGUGGGGUUUCUGUUUUAAAAACUGUCCGGUUGGCAUAAAAUCAUCCUGCGCGUUAGGCCGUUCACACGAAAGUUCCGAGGAAACAACGUAAUAUGUGGGGUGACAGUCGCAUCAGUGUUUUUCACGUAGUUGUUGUUGCGUUCGCCAGGUAUAUUUAUGCACUGGUUGUUUUUUGCGUUAGGGAAUUCGAGAAAUAUCAUGUUGUGUCGAGUCUGCUAAGAUAGUGACUGCUUAUGACUUCUAAGGGCGUCGGUCUAGGCCUCCGUUUUUUUUGCCAAUCUCAUUUUUCAUUUAUAAGCGGAUGCUAGUAAAUUUAUCCGAUACUUUCGCUGGAGCUUGUAAGCUUAUUUUGCCUAGUUCUUCCGCAAUAGACACUUUGCUUGUCUGAUUCACGUUCACACGAAAAUAUCUGCAGUAAAGACAUGGCAAGUGAAAGAGUUUGGAAUAGCAGUAAGAAGUAACAUGUGUGCAAACCGUCCUUGUUUUUGAAUCGUCGAGGCCUAAUAGAUGUGGAGGCAAGGGAGGUGGGCGUCAAAGUAUCAUGAUACCCGAAGUUUAACAGAAGAUAUGGCAUAAAUCUCGUGGGGUCGGAUGGGCUUUUGACUGACCUUUGACCAGAGUGCGCGGAUAUGUCUCAUUGUGGAAAUUUGGACAAAAUACUGCGUGUUCUCUGCAAAUCUUACUAGCUCUAGACACAGAUUACCAAAAGAAUGAUGCAGACCGACGACCGAUGACGCAAUCUACGUUUCAGUUAAUUGGAGAGGAUUUCGACACUGGUGAACUGACAGCCUGAAGACGCAUCACAGGUUUUUGGCCAGUAGAGUAUUUUCAGAUCGACAUAAUCCUUGGCAGAAUAACUAAGACAUUGUCACUCAUUUCUGCAAAAUAGCACCUUGGAGCCUGUAAGGGGCACUUUAUCAGAGGCAUAGCUUGACGUUUACGCCAUAAGCCAAGUUAAAUCCUAAAGUAGGAGUAGCCUCUUCCCGGCCGAAUAAUUACCCAUUCCGGGGAUUUGAAGUGAGAAAUUUGUCCUAAGAGAACUCCCAUAAAAUGACGUUAGUAACAGAAUUUGCAUUUGUAAACGCAGGCCACGUUUUUUAGAUCCGUCCAGGCAAGCCGAGCCGGAACGUUGAAGGCACAUCACCAUGCAAAAUGUUCAAAGUCAGCGUAGGGGAUAACAGAUAUGUUUUAAGGGCAGCAGGUUCGGAGACACCAGAGCAGACAGAAGGAUUGGAUGUUUGAGGACUGUUGUCUAAACCACCACGCCCCGCAUUCUCUUCAAGCUUGCCCAAGGUGGACAAAGGUGCCGAGCUAUCAAGCCAGUAUAACGUGGGAUUUUGUCCUGCCUUGUCAGGUGACGCCGGUAAACUGUCCUGGCAGGCACGAUACAAACGGACUACAGUUUCCCAGAUAUUCUGAAAUCUGUUCGAUGAGGAGCUAAGCCGAUUUCUCCCACGUUGUUGAUUAGACUCGAGGUUGCCUUUUCGCAAAUAUAAUUUAAGAGCGACUAAGAUAUAGCAUGCUGUGGACGAUAUCAGGUUGCUAACAUGAGUUUUACUCUGACCGGUUCAAACCGCAGGUUAUCCUCCAAUGCAGUUGCGGCUUUUUGUUGGGGGGGGGGGGCGGGGAACAAGGGCAAUCUUCGGGCUGUCUCUUUCUGAUCAAUUUUCGCAUUUUAAGGCGAUGUAAGCUAGAAAAACUGCACUUCAGUGAACCAGAAACGUGGUUUGUUAGCUCAUAUCCCGGUUGUGUAAUGCUAUCACCUUCGCAUUUGGUGGGCGAGUGCGUCAUUCAUCUGAGAUAUACGGUGAGGGACCAAUCUUGUGAAAUGCUUUUUCGACUAGGAAGGAUUGCCUAGGUAUUGAUUAUCGUACAGCACAACCCAAUGAUAUCUCGAUCGCACCGGAUGCCGGCCUUUGAAUACACUUUUUGGCCGUCUGCAAAAAUCUCACAUGGUAAAAAUGACCACUUAAGUAGUGCGAAUUUUUCCAUUGAUUUUCAAUUGCGUCUUAUAUAAAACAUAAUAAAAAUAGUUUUCUUACACGCACUUAGUAAGAAAACACGUUUCCUUCAAAUUUUGUACUCCAGAGAAAGUUAAAUUUCGGUUUUAAAAUGGUUCUCUAUUCCCGCAUAAUUUCGAGCCCGAUCUGCCGUUACAUUUGGGUUUAGGAAUGACAGUUUUCGAGCUAUAUACCUUCGCUCUAAGGAAAGUAAUAUAUCCCUCUACCAUUAUGACGAUUUUCUAUAUUGCCUAUAAAGCGAUUCACUGGAUGUGGAAUACCUUACUUACUGCCUAAAGAGCAUCAAUAAAUGGACAGAUACUAUGCUAUUUGAUCGGACGUUUCAGGAUUUUUAGAAAAUCCCAUAAUUACAAAAUUUUUGGAACUGUAGAUCCCCUUUCUUCGACUGUACAUUUUUAAGAAGACCUAGUUUACUCCGAAAUGAGUACAAGAGAUCAUAUUCUCGAAUAAUUUUUCCUUAAAAUAGACCUCCAUUUAUGAGGACAUUGAUCAUGAAUGAAAAAGACUUUCAAACUAGUUAAGUAGUUAUUUUUUACCGAGUGAGUGCGACUUAAGAGAAGUACAUUCAAACGCCGGCGUCCUGGCUUGAGUGGAAUAUCCUGGGAUUAUGCUGCGUUAUAAUCAGCAUUAUAACUUCCACCUAAUUAGUACUUUCUAAUUGUAAAGGCAAUGCAGAAUUUUGUCUAACACUUUGCAGGACUGGUCACUGAAUGUACAGUUUUUAAAAAAAGUUUCUUAUUGUGAGAUUUUCUAAUACCGUUAAAUGGCCGUCCAGGAAACGUCAUGUAUCUGCAUUUACGAAUGUGGCUUGUAAAGUUAACAUAUUGCAUGCAUUUCUCUACGGUUUUAAGAGGAGACCAUAUGAGGUUCAUAAAAUUAAGCAGUGGAUUUGCGCAAUAUUGUUAACUUUACAAGCCACAUUCGUAAAUGCAGAUACAUGACGUUUCAUGAACGGCCAUUUAACGGUAUUAAAAAAUCUCACAAUUAGAAACUUUUUUAAAACCGAAUUAUACUCUUCUUUUGAGUAUGAAAUUGGAAGAAUACGUGAUUUUCUACCGAAUAAGUAAAAGAAUGAAUAUUUUAUUGCAUGUUUUCCAUGAAACAUAAUUUAAUUUUCAAGGACAUCAAAAAUCAAUUAGAAAAUUGCAUACUACUUAAGUAGCCAUUUUUUGCAGAGUAUAGAUCUUGCAUGCAGCCGAAAAUAAGUUCUUUUGAAAGCCGACACUCUGAGGUAACUGGAUCAUUAUACAUUUAUGCUGCAUCAUGAUUAGUUUUACAACGCUACUUAAUUUAUCUUUUCGAAACGAGAACUCAUUUCGAAAUUUUGGUUGACAUUUCAUGAGUUAGCACAUCUACUGUAGUAUUGAGCACCCAUAUUUGUCCGUACUGAGGACUUCUUUUCACCGAAUGUGCGGACGAAUGCAGGGCGUGUUUUCAACUUUGUUACUUUUGCUCCCAAUAAAUGGGUGAAAGGAGGACAGGGUGUAACCUCAAAAACUCGAGCUGACCGCGGGUGUAGACCUACCUACUCGGGCCGACUGCCAAGUUCUGCUCCUGAAGUCAGAUUUGUCCGAGUAAAAUUUUAGCUCCACUGAUACUCCGAAUGCUUUACUCCUCCUUGCUUCGUCCUCCAGCGGAAAAAGUAACAAUUUCUACCAACUUUCGCGUGCCCCUGUAUAUGAAAAAGGACGCUCGAUGCUGGAGGCUCUUUGUUUCCUCCUGUCCUAUUUACUUAGUACCCCAGUUUGGCUAUUCGAAACCUAAUUUGCCUGCAGUCCACAGAGUGUCCCAGUUGCUGAUAUGGUCGGGGCUGUUCCUGAAAGCCGUGGUGGCAUUUCGCUGCAGCUGUUUGCGCAGCUCUGGUUUUUUCCCGACGGCUUAUGCUCUGUUUUAUGCACAAAGCCCGGUUUGUUUGGCCAUCACCGUGAGAAGGCUACUCCUCCAACUGCGUAGAUCCCACAAUGUCGCAGCGGCCCUGAUGUCCGGUUUGAUGAGACAAUGGAUCUUCCACUGUCGCCAGUUUGUCGGCCAAAUAAUAACCGCAGAACAAUUCUGGUUUUAGGAAGAGGGGGUCGCUAGCAGACUUUUUUUGUAGACUCUAGCCGCCGCGACGCCACGUUUGCGUUUCAACCGAAAACACUCCAAGUUAUUGUGUUUUUCUGACCAAGCAGCACUGUCUGUUUAAAUUUGUCCCUCUAAAGUGCAUUCACAUUACUGCCUCCCAAUUCCCGUUGUUGCUGCUUAGUGGUCAAGUUUAGAGACAAUGCUGCAGGGUAUCUUGUAGGAGUCCUUCGGGGUUAUAAAAAUGUCGAUAUCUGCUUCCCAUCUGUCGACUGCUAUCCACACAGAAACCCGCUUGCAAGAGUUCAGCCAGUGGGAAACGAAGACGAUCCCAGAGUCCAUAGUUGCAUGGUGGAGACGUUACAGAUGCAAGCAGCCCAGUCAUUAGAGGUGUUUUUGGUAUCAUGCGGCACAACGGUUCGAUCAGGGGGCAUUCUCUCUUCUGUCCUCGUUGUCUGAACCCGUGUCAGGGCUCUACGCCUUUUAGACGAGAGGCGAAACGAAAAGGGUUCAAGUACCGGCAUCGAGUUGACUGACGAAAAUAAACAAGCACAGUAGGUAGCGUAACACAUGAAACACCAAUCGAAAUUCUUAAAUGUGGUUUUGAUGAGAAUAAAUCAGUAGGGUGGGUUUGCAGCGCUUAUCAUCAUGCGAAGAUGCUUCAGUCACGACGGGAUGUCAGCUUUUGAAUUCGCGUCUUUCGGGUCACCUGCAGAAAUCACACUCCCCAUACAUUACUACUUUAGUGGCAUGCAUAUUUUCCACGGAUAUUCGAUACUCUCAUUAAUUUGAGCUUAUUUUAUAAAAAAACACCCACAAAACAUCUUUUCUUGCACGUAUUUUUUCACAGAAUUGUGUCUUCAAACUUUAUGCUCGAAGGAAGGGCGUUUUUCAGUCUUAGAAGCGUUUUUAUAUUCCCGUUUUAUGCUUCAUACGAAGAACUACUGGACGGUCAGGUACGAUGCUAUCUAAAUGGAAAUGUCGCUGCACCAAAAACAUCAUAAAACCUUUUAAGUCGACACCUACCGUUCAUCAAGGCAAAAAUGUGAAGACUUAAAUUACUCCGAAAUGAGUACCAGGCAGGACGUUCUUUAUGAGUGCUUUCUAGAAAACAUGUUUUAAUUUCCAAGGGCACUGAUAUCAAUGGAAAAAUCAUACUACUUAUGUAGUCAUUUUUAGCGAGUGUCAUUAUCACAGAUGACCGGAGAGGUGCGCAUUCAGAACCGUCAUCGUGGCAUGGUGCGCAUUUUGGAAUUAUGCUGCGUGAUAAUCAAUAUUACAACACCACUUAGAUAAAUCUUUCUAACCGAUUUAACAUUCCUGAAUUUCAGUGAACGCCUCCUGAGUCAUGUCGCCUACCGCAUUUAUAUUUCCCUCGUUGCCCUGAGACAAUAAACCGAGUCGAUGUUGGGACGCCAUUUUUUCCAGGUUUAUCUAACGACAUCAUAACUAUACUCCUGACUCAUUGCUAUCAUCUGUUAGCUUGCGGUGGAGGUUCUCGCCUAACGGCCUGAAGAGCUUUUGUCUCGAGAUGGAUACUGUUUGCAGGCAGUUUCCACGGUUCUGACGUUAUAUCACAGUCCCCAGAAGGAUCCGCUCGUUGCAAGCACAGAUCCGCCCAGCGAAACCACACCCAUUCCGGCCACCCAAGAAGAAGGACUGGAGCGCUUGAAACAAGUUUUUUUGUCUCACGCUCCGUGACUCUAGUGCUGCUGUCCUAAGCCUAUAAUCGCUGUCUCACUAAAGGUGACAAAAUGAAUGUCGGCCUAAAAACUUUCUGAACGCAGUCCGUCAGGACACAGAGGUGCUUUUUGGGCAUAUAGGCAUAGACUAGACUAUGGCCAGUAAACUCAAGUAGCCGGGUUUGUGGUAGUUCGGCUGUCAAGGACAAUUACAUCCGUCCUUAUCCCACCAGUUUGGACCGGCGACAGUGAAGCAGACUUUCACUGCAUCUACCUCCCCCCACAUCCCACCGUGCUCCGAUGGUGAAGGGCACGCAGGCCACAGUCACAGCCCCAGUGCAGACAGUCACUGCCACAAUGACCAGCAGGGACUUCGAGGCCGCAUUGUGGUAGAGAAAGCAGGACCAGUGCAGCACACUGCAUCUCCCAUGGAGCUGCAAGGGAGCCCAGACACCCAGUCUAGCAUCGUGCCAGUGGAAACUUCUAAUCGCGAGGCACAAGCCAGCCCAGAGACGCUGACACAGACCACCAGCAGCUACACUCUGCAGGUCAUGCCAAAGCCUACAUCUUUAAGCCUGACAUCCACUGAAGUACAAUCGGAAGGCAUGCCUGCCAAACACGAAGAGAUCACGUUCCAGCUACCAGAGUCGGCCAAGACGUCCGCCCUCCUCUCCGGUGUGGCAUUGCGUCCACAGGCGACACACAUCGCCACCAUGACGCCCAUUGCAGUGGAAAGUACCCAAAAUAAAGUUAUCACCGAGCUCAAAUACCAGACUGUGCAUACCGAACCCAGCGUUAAGAUGGCCGGAGAUGGACAGGGAUGCAGUGACUGACAGAACUAAGUAGCUUGCCGCGCACGACCUCCCUGUUCCGUAUUUUCUAGGUUCGUUUGUUGGGGGUAUCGAAGUUCACACGUGUGAGAGCUUCAUAUGGGUCAUGUUGAGGAGGAGUUAUUGUUGCAGCCUGAUGUUCAGUCCUGAGAGCGAUCGAGUUACCGGGUGUGUGUGUUUGCAUCAUUUGAAUUCUUGACUGAUAUCGCGUCUAGCGCAUCACAUUUAUUAUAGUGGGGAGUGCGCUGAUGUGUCUUGAGCAGGGGUUCCUCAAUGUCGGCUUAGUUUUCCCUUCCCUAUUCCAUACACAACAGGCUUGUCUGAGUUAAAAGGACUGCGAAUGUAGUCGAUACACAAUGACCGACUAGAGUAAGCAGCCCGUCUGCGCGUGCCACGUACGGUUCGACCACAUCCCACAUGUACCAGGCCGCACCAAAUGACAUCCAUCCCACUUAGGUCAGAUGUGCAUGUGUAACGUUACGCCUGCCAUACCCGCGCUGUGAAAGUGAGUCGCAUGCACGCUGCAGCAGUGCGGGAGGGCUUGGCUGCUUGCGUCGUUGUUCCGCAACGCAUGAGUCCUGCGUACCACUCCUUUCGCCUUGGCCGCUGCUACGAUUUACAGUAGGUGGGCUAACUCAUGAAAUGUCAACCGAGAUUCCGAAACGCGUUUCCCUUUCGAAAAGAUUAAUUAAGUAGUGUUCUAAAAAUAAUCAGCCUGUAAUAUAAUUAUAUAAUAUUUCACUUACCUCAGGAUGUCGGCUUUCGAAUGAACUUCCUUCCGACUGCAUGCGAAAACCAUACUCUGUAAAAAAUGGCUACUUAAGUAGCAUGAAUUUUUCUCACAGAUUUUCGAUGCUCCAAAAAGUCCUAUUAUAUUUCAUGGAAAACAUGCAUAACAAUAUCCAUUCUUUUGCUCAUUCAGUAGAUAAUUACGUCUUCUUCCAAUUCUGUACUCGAUGAAAUUGUUUGAUUUGGUUUUAAAAAAAGUUUCUAAUUGUGGGACUUUUUUAAUAUCGUGAAAUGUCCGUUCAUAAAUCGUCAUGCCUCUGCAUUUACCAAUGUGCCUCGUAAAGUUAACAAUAUGGAUCAAAUCCACUGCUAAAUUUGAUGAACCCUAUAUGGUCCCCUUUAGUACCGUAGAGAAAUUUGGGGUUUUCCGUAUGCAGAAAAUAUAGGGCUUGUAGUUUGGAAACCCUGAAUCCACGUGUAACGGUAGAGCGGGUUCAAAAAUAGUCGGGAAUUGGAAAAGUUUUUGAAAACCAAAUUCUAUCCUUUCUUCGAGUACGAGAUUGCAAGAAGACGUAAUUUUAUAUCGAAUGAGCAAAAGAGUGAAUAGUUUUAUCCAUGUUUUCCAUGAAAUAUAAUUGGACAUUUAGGGCAUCGAAAAUCAAUGAGAAAAAUGCAUGCUACUUAUGCAGUCAUUUAUUACUGUGUAUAGCUUUUGCAUGCAGCCGGAAAGAACUGCCUUCGAAAGCGGGCAUCCUGAUGUAACUGAGUUGUUAUAGAAUUGUGCUGCACGCUGAUUAGUUUUACAACCCUAUUUAAUAAAUCUUUUCGAAGCAAAAACGCAUUUCAGAAUUUCGGUUGGCAUUUCAUGAGUUAGCCCUCCUGCUGUAUGCCUUAGUGUUUGGCUUGUCGGGAGUCAUUGUCGGCAAUUGUCUGACUUUUCAUACGGGGUCAUUGAGGUAAGUUGGUUUUUUUCUGGUUUUUUUCAAUGUUGUUUGAACGAACUAGGGUUUCGGGUGCGUCCCCGUCAUAUGCUCGCAUCCACCAGACCCGCGGUCUCUCCAGUUCUUGCUGGACACUGUCGUCCGCCCUGUACGCUUGAAAAAUAAUAUUGUACGGCUACCCCUGUGCUGCUAACAGGUGCCGAAUGUAAUGACAUGCGGUUAAUUCCUCGUUUUCUUUGCUGCGGUGUGUUUUCACCCUUUUGGAGACUUUUCUACUAGGGAGAAGGACUGUUUGCGUGUUGGUUAUCACCCCCCACAUAUUCCGUUAUCUUCAAGACUUGUCCUUUCUCGGCAAUUUAACUGAUUUUUCCUUUCACUUGCUUCCGUUUGAACUGGAUUCUGGAGUGUGCGUGUGUGUGUGUGUUCACUUCCGGCAUCAGACAUCUGACCGGCUUGAACGGCUGACUGGCGCCUGGGAGUGAGAGGAGAAAGUGAGCUUAACGCAUUUCCCUCUGGCGCGCACUUAAGACCACCACGUUGCGCUAAAAGCCAUGGCAUGGAAGGCUGCAAACUGACGCGUCAACUCUGACCAUGCAGUCAACCCUGUUGUUUGCUUGUGUAUUGAGUGGCCGAAUGGUGGACUGAGAGUCUGACUGCAGUGGCUCCGUCUUAAUGACCCACCUACGCAUGUGAGAUCCCAGCCUACCGUCCCCUUUUGUAUUUAAUCCCAGUGUGUGCUUUUUGAGGAGGGGGGGGGGUAUGCAGACGAGCUCCAGCUCUGUGAGCUAGUACGCCUGCUUCCUACAACAGACAUCUGACCAGCUCUGACGGUAGACUGGUGCCCGGGGAGUGGGAAGAGAGAGGCCCAGGCUCUCAGCUUGCGACUCACGGUGCGCUAGAAGCCUAGGCUUGAAAGGCCACCAACUGACGGGAGAACUCGCACCGCGUAGUCAGACCAGUCUGUGUGUUUGCGUGAAGUAGCGGACUGGUGGACUGACAGUCAGGCUGCAAUGGCUCCUUCUUAAUGUGGCCUUCUAUGGCCACGAGUGGUGACACGACUAGGGGCGACUCCGGCCGCGCCAGCCACCUGGCCCCUCUCCCGCCUCCAGUCUUCUCGAUCCUGCCUUGACACCGGGUGGAGGUGGGGGAGGGGAGAGUGCAGUGGAUGCUGUGCAAGUCCACUAUCACUAUAAACGAAAUAGCGCGCAAGUCACCGCGCCUGUUCUCGCUCUGUUGCGGAGCACACGAUAGGCAUCGUCGAAAUGGACGGUCGAACUGUCAGUGCCAGUGGAUCCGGCGACAGCUGUAGUCGUGGCCGUCAUCAGAAUCAGCAGCAGCAGCAUCAGCUUUACGUUCCUAAGAAAGCCAUCAGGUCGAGAAGGUUAUCCGUUCUGUCUACAGAUAUUCCCCCUUAUCAUAUCUUCUAAGCUACCAAAAUUUCUUAAGACGAACAUACUAUUAGGCGAUCGGUUUAGGGACAGUUUCCUUGUGUGUGUGUUGUCGCGACCACAGUGAGUAUGCAGUGUGCGAUUUCACUGACACCCACGUUUUUCAUUAGAAGGAGAGAACAUUGGGCAUCCAGUGUCUCAUGCGGUUCAGGAGACACCAAACCUCCUUCCGCGCAGCCUUCAUUCACGCGUCGGCUGGUCUUUUUCAUGUUUUUUUUUAUUUUAACCGCAUUUCUUUCUCGUUUGCGUCAACAUGUUGCGUCAUCUGUAGUGGUCAGGGAUGGUGACCGGUCGCUAGGUCGGCCGGCGAAUGGUCGAUGCGAGACCGUCUUACUUCGAGGGGUCUUGCUUCCACUUAUGAUUUCUCAUGUGUCUUUCCUUUAAGCGGGGAAAGGAGUGCUACCUUUUCAACUGCGGUGACCCAAAUAUCUGCAAUUUCACCUCGCACGCCGACUACACGGUCUUUAUGCUGCAACAACCGAAACAGCAUCCGGCGCGGACAAGCGAGCCUCCCACGACCGCCCUUGUCACGGCCGCUGACUCUCGACAGAAGGGUUGGUUCCCUUUGUUUCCUUCCUCCCUCCCUCCCUCCCCGUCCCGCCACGCCCCUCUCCUCCCACUUAUCUGGGCGCAUUUUUGUUUGAAUCAGACGUCGAUCCCACAGUUCCGUCCUUGCCGUACACAUUGCACUCUCCUUGAGAUAACCAUACUAAGGGCCUUUUAAGUAGUCUGUCGUAAAGUACUUGUCAGGAAGGAAUUGGCGACAGGACCAUUGAUUCGGUUGCCAUCUACGGCCAAUAACGAGGCCGAGGGUGUUUGUUUUCCCAAGGUCCCUAAAUUGGCUGGUUCCCCCUAGGUACUGUCAGAACCAGAGCGUAUGGUGGAGGGACGCUCACCGAUCGUUCUUACGGAACUCACACGUUCCGUUGUGUCCUACGGGCUCUCUCGCGAGCCCAAUCAGCAGGCGCGCAGCGACGCAUGAUAUAGGCAGAAGGGCAUUACCGACAAAGACACGGGAGACAGGAAUGGCCAUUUCUGCCUUAUUAGCCGUCGUCAGCCAGUCAUACCCAACCCCGAAGUGUGGAACACCUGGGGCUCGAACUUGUUACCUGUAGUUAGGAGUCCAAAGCCUCUAAACACUGGGCCACGAACCCGUUGUCCUGUCGGUUUCGAUCGAGAAUAUACAAUGGUGGAGGGCGCUCACCGAUCGUUCCGUUGUAUACUCCCGAUCAAAACCAACAGGACAACGAGCCCGUGGCUCAGUGAUUAGAGGCUUUGGACUUCUAACCGACAGGUCGCGGGGUCGAACCCCAGGUGUUUCACACUGCUGAGUUCGGUAUGACUGGCUGACGACGGCUAUUAAGCCAGAAAUAGCCAUUUCAGUCUUCUGUGUCUUUGUCGGUAAUAGAAUCCUACCAGAGCGUAUUUUGGAGCCUGACCAACAGCUUGAAAACGUAGGUAAGGAUUAAGUUGGAUGCCCUUAAAAGUGCAAUUAUAUUUCAUGAAAUAAAUGCAUAAAAAUAUUCAUUCUCUUGCUCACUCGGUAUAAAAUCACGUCUUCUUCCAAUUUUAUAUUCGAAGGAAGAGUAUAAUUCGGUUUUAAAAAAUUAUUUCCUAAUCCCCGAAUAAUUCUGAACCAGACCUGCCGUUAUACUUGCAUUCAGGGUUUCAAAACUACAAGGCGUAUAUUUUCCGUGUACGGAAAACCAUACAUUUCUCUACGGUAUUAAAAGGAGACCAUAUGGGGUUCAUAAAAUUAUGCAGUGAAUUUGAGUUAUAUUGUUAGCUUUACAAGCCACGCUGGUAAAUGCAGACACAUGACGUUUUAUGAUCGGCCGUUUCACGGUAUUAAAAAAUCGCACAAUUAGAAACUAUUUUGAAACCGAAUUAUACCCAUCUUUCGGGUAUAAAAUUGCAAGAAGACGUAAUUUUUGCCGAAUAAGCAAGCGAAUGAAUACUGUUAUGCAUGUUUUCCAUGAAGUAUAAUUGAAUUUAUAAGGGCAUUGAAAAUCAAUGAGAAAAUUGCAUGCUACUCAAGUAGUCAUUUUUUGCAGAGCAUAGAUCUUGCAUGCAGUCGAAAAUACGUUCUUUCGAAUGAACGCGCCCCGAGGUAACUGGAUUAUUAUAGAAUUAUGCUGGACGAUGAUUAUUGUUACAACCGUGCUUAAUUAAUCUUUUCGGAAGGAAAACGCAUUUCGAAAUUUCGGCCGACUUUUCAUGAGUUAGCUCACCUACAGUACGUCCAACAAGCUCACAGCCUCAGUACCAAGCGUGGAGCUGUGUCGUAUCUGUCUUGAUGCUUUUAUUCCGCUGUGUGUAAAUUGAGACACCUUUAAGUGAACGUUCCCUUGUCUGCUUAUUAGGCACGCUGCACGGACGCUGUGGACCCGCCGUCCCCUGUACCGAUGAGAAUACCAUCUGUGACUCUGGUUUAUGCAUCUGCCAGGCCGGCUGGAUUGAGAAGAUGCAUACGUGUGGUAGGUAUUUACUUUUAACCCCAAAUACUGGUCAACUGUUGGCAGGAAGUUUUGUGUCAGCUGCGACUCAGUCGAAUUCAUGCUCGUAAAAAGGUGGUAAUUGACUCCUUGUAAGCGACGGGUUCCAACAUUGGCUGUGGGUCCUUGUGAUGACUUGCACGUUGAUUGGUUUUUUGGGGGUCGGAGACCCCUGCCGGAUCUAUAUCACACACCCAACCGCUAUCGUCCUGCGCAUAUGUAGCGCGGCACGCUGUGGGAGAAAAACAAUGCGUGUCUCGGAAGCAAGAAGGCACUCAUUAUUGCCGAUGUGUGAAAACAACAUUGCAUAACUGGUCUGCUAGGGAAGGGUGGCGUUUUGAUUAUUUGGUAAGGAUCGGGUGAAGGUCCCCAAGCAUCUGUGACAUACAAAGAAUACAUACUAGUACUUAUUUAAGUGGAGUUAGGUCCGACACGACUACUUCGGUUUGAUGUUUCGUCGUACAAGGUUGGGUCGUCUGUUGUAGACGGUCGGGUGCGUUAUCUACAAUGAAAUAAGCUAUGAGAGUUGAGAAGCAAUCGUUUUAGACAGUCUGGUGCAUUGUCUGCAAUCACCUCAGCUCAGAGAUUUGAGAAGCGAUCGUUGUAGACACCUAAUUUUUAUUUUUCUGAUUGUUCUGCAUAAUUUUGGUUGCUAUAUGUCAGUGCAUUAAAACUUUUGCGCACGAAAGACGAAUUUACCAAUUAUCUAUACUUAUUUUGCCAUUACUCUAUGCAUGCAUAGACCCCGCCCGUAAAACCCUUAUCACCGCCUUCCCCGUAAAACAGGUGCCUUUGGCUGGUCAUGUAUGUUUGGGGGCCUUCACCCGAUCGUUGCGGAUUAUUUUCCUGUAUUUGCCCCCCGCGAUGGGCCAUGCGGCAUUUGCGCUGAACCAACACGCGAGCCAGGUCAGGGCACGGCAUGUGUUGUUUUGGCUGUGCACGCAUAACAAACGCAGCACAUCGGGUGGGGUGCGCGUUGGUACGCCUAGACGCAGAUUCGCGCCGCGCCAGUCAUCUGAACCCAGUGCUCGCAUGAGAUGAUCGACCUGUUCGCACAAUGGACUGGAGAGGGAAGAGCCAGUGAGGACCACGUCUGCGUGGCACUCAGCGCGUAUUCCUCACCAUAAACGAUUUGACGCGCUGUUAACUUAUCGCGGGUCGCAAAAAGCCGUGACUUACAGGGAUGCCAGCUAACGGUAUAACUCGGUCCUCUAAGGACGGAGAGUUAGACUGUAAAGCCUCCUCAAUAUGGCCGCUAUGGCACUCUCACCUAGUUGGGAUGUGCGCCGCCCUGCUGGUUUCUGUAGAAUCCUGAUCGUUUUUUGCGCGGAUUAGGCGUGUGGGGCACGCGCACUGCGCCCGAUCCCGCCUCCGGUCUCCUUGUCUCUGUUUUGACACCGGGUUCAGGUAGGUAAGGGGGGAGAGUGCGGUGGAUGCAGUGCAAGUCUACCAUCAUUAUUAACUGAUUCACGUGUAUGUCAUCACCCGCCAUGUUGCACGGUACAUGAUGGACAUCGUUAUUCUCGACGGUAGUACUGUGAAUGUCAUUUUUCCGUAUACACACGUAGCCAAAUAGGUCCGACAAGGACCUGUACACUGAACUGACCAUUUCUGGCCCAUUUAUCGUUGUCAAACACGCCAGCGUGCUAGACUAAUUCGGUUAAAAGCUGAGGCGUGCAGUCUGGGCUGUAACACGGCUAACUGAUGACGACAAAUGAGCCAGAAAUGAGCACACCACUGCCACAGUCGGCAAAACCACUUGGUGUCACUUAAAACUGACCCGAUGGGUGUUGACCUGUGUUCACCACACUGGCUUCCCAGUCUCAGAUGUUCACUCGGAACAGUGCGCAGCAAGAAUGUGGCGGCAGUCAUUCUGCUCAUUUAUCCGUCCCUGAACGAACUGUGUUCAAUCACAUUACCCGUUGAUUGACUGGCGCAGUUGACCAGCGGAUGGGGUGGGGAAGAGAGAGAGAGAAAAAGGCGUCGACACUAGGGGAUCGUCUAACAAGGCCAAGUCUUGAGAGGCUGCCUAACAAGGGGUUACAGUGCGUGGGCCGACUCAUGAAAUGUCAACUGAAAUUCCGAAAUGCGUUCUCGUUUCGAAAAGAUUAAUUAAGUCGGGUUGUAAAAAUAAUCAUCAUAAGUCGGUUUAAGUCCGUUUAUUGAGGGAAUGAGGCUUUCUCCCUUGAGUUCCCUAUUCAUAUCGAUAAACAGAAAUAAAGUCAUCAAUUACAUCAGCAAAUGCAAAAACUUUAAAAGUUAGCCGUAAGUGUGAGCCAGGCGCAAACUGCCGCCGCUAAAACAAUCGUGAUUAUAUUUACAGUAGUUUCUCAACAAAUGAGCAUCUAGUCUGCACUUAAAGAAUUCGACAGUUUCGGAAAGAACCACCGCAUCAGGGAGUCCGUUCCAUGCCCCAGUGACCCUGUUAGAGAAGACGUUCCGUCGGACGUCCGAAUGAGCCAGCUUCCUCUGCAGUUUGAUGGAAUGACCUCGCAGACGGUCAGUCCCGGCCAAUUCGAAGAAUUUAUCAAAGUCUAGGACGCACUCAUGGCCUCUGACAAUCCUGUAGGUUUGAAUGAGAUCGCCGUGCAGUUGCCUGUAAUUUACCUGUAAUCAUACAGCAUAGUUCUAUAAUAAUUCAGUUACUUCAGCAUGCCGGCUUUCGAACGAACUACUUCCCGGCCGCAUGCAAAAACUAGACUCCGUAAAAAACGACUACUUAAGUGGCAUGCAUUUUUCCCAUUGAUUUUCGAUGCCCUUAGUAAUUCAAUUAUAUUUUGGGGAAAACAUGCAUGAAAAUAUUUAUUAUUUUGCUCAUUCGAUAUAAAAUUACCUCCUCUUCCAUGUUUAUGCUCGAAGGUAGGGUAUAAUUCGGUUUUCAAAAAGUUUCUAAUUGUGAGAUUUUUUAAUACCCUCAAAUGGCCGUUCAUAAAACGCCAUGUUUCUGCAUUUACCAAUAUGGCUUGUAAAGUUAACACUAUGGCUCAAACCCACUACUAAAUAUUAUGAACCUCACAUAGUCUGCUUUUAAUACCGUAGAGAAAUGUAAGGAUUUCCGCACGCGGGAAGUAUACGGCGUAUAGUUUGGAAACUCUUGACCGAGUUAAAAACUAUUCGGGAAUUGGAAAAGUUUUUGAAAACGGAAUUAUACCCUUCCUUCGAGUAUAAAAUUAAAAGAAGACGUCAUUUUCUACCGGAUGAGCGAGAGAAUGAAUAUUUUUAUGCAUGUUUUCCAUGAACUAUAAUUGGACUUUUAGGGGCAUCGAAAAUCAAUGAGAAAGGUUCAUGCUAUUUUAGUAGUCAUUUUUUACAGAGUGUAGUUUUUGUAUGCAGCCGUAAGGAAGUUCGUUCGAAAGCCGGCAUCCUGAGGCAACUGAAUUAUUAUAGGAUUACGCUGCACGAUGAUUAAUUUCACAAUGCUACUUAAUGAAUCUUUUCGAAACGAAAACGCAUUUGGGAACUUCGGUUGACAUUUCAUGAGUUAGCCCACCUACUUUACCUCGGUCGUUCUCAGCAAUGACUGCUGUCUUCCGUUGUCUUUAUGGCACUUUCAUUUAUGUAGGCUGCUGCAUGCAGCGCGAACCGUGACGUGCGUGGCACGCGUAGACCGACCACGCCUGCUUCUGGUCGCCGGAGUCAGGUGGAUGAGAUAAGAGAGAGUGAGUGCGGUAGAUGCUGCGUAGGUCUGCCUUCCGUGCUCAAGAUGCCGGUGCUUGGGGCUCGCGGCGGACGUUGUCGUCCUCAACUGCCGAAAUGUCGGCCGAGGAAAAUAAAAGCCAGAACUCGAAGAAUCACCAGUGGCCCAGAUGACGUUGGGCUUAGUUGACCCUAGAAACUUUACCCUGUUGAAAGCUCCGCCGAUAGGUUCAACUCGGAUCUGACCCUCCCAACUUCUGUGAAUAGAUCUCUGUAAGCUGGAUCCCCAUUUGCGAUUGAGAAGAACGAUACAUUCCGCAUUUUGUCCAAACAUUUUGACAGGUGAAACGCAUAACCCUGGUUGAUGGCCCCUUUGUGGUUCUUCCAUUUGCAGUGAAAUGGCACCACUUUUCGAAUUCUUUCAUUUUCUCGGUCACGUUCUUAGCUCCUCCUUUUUUAUCACUCCAUGCUCCAGUUCGUUCAGUUUGCAAGAAACCCAAUCUGCAGUUCCAGUGCAAUGAUGGGUCUGCCUGUAUUGCCAUCUAUGACGUCUGUAAUGGCAUCGCAGAAUGUCGCGAUGAAUCCGACGAAGUGGGCUGCGAUGAGUGUAAGUCCUUUUUAUUUUUUGCGGAGUUUGUGCACCUAGGAAAGGUCAGAAAUCAGCGUACUUUCCUUCAGUUUUACCGCACUAUACGUUAGAACAGACCGAUUUGUUGUCCGGUUUUACGGACAUGCAGUUUAUGACCUUACUGGAGAAGGGUGUCGAAAUCCACGAAUGAUUGCUAAUCACUCAAACCGCCACCAAUCAAUUGACCAACUAUAUCUAUAUUUAUAACCAACGACUUUAAGGGAAUUGCAAGCCUAAGAGAAAUAUUAAGGGUUAUAUUACGUUGUUUCGAAAUACCAAUCUUUCCAAAAACAACAGAAAAUGUCGAAAACGUCAAAAAUGGGUGUACUUUAGUAAAUUUCGGUUUUGAAUGUACGAGAUAUCUCCAGCCUUCCUGCUUUUGGAGGGUGGUAGGUACGGAAACAGCUUCACGCGUAACUCACAAGUUCAUCUCCGACACCUUGUUGCUUUCUCUGGACAAACUGCCGUUAUGCGCACAUACAAUGAGUGACCUAACACCUGAUUAGUGUCGAAAUUCACGAAUGAUUGUUAAUCACUCGAAAACCGACACCAAUUCAUGACCAGCGAUUGAGUAAAUAUGGCAGCAUGAAUAGAAUAAAGUUUAAUAAUAGUGUUUUAGUGCUGUUUACAUUAAAAUGUCUUCUAAGAGUUAGUGUAAUAUCUGCGUGUAUAUUCCAAAACGGUUUCCUGAGAAUUCGUUGAUUAAGAUUAAGACACAUACUGAAUUGCCAAAUUGCUGACUUGAUUCACGCACCUGUAUAUGAAAUAAACCAAGUCCUUUAUUAUGAAUAACUCACAUCUCCAGAUCUCCGUCUUUAUUCGAAGAUGGGUGAAUCUUCGCAAUCUUCAGUUCAUCUCGAAGGCAUACAGUUCGUGACCUGACACAUGAAAGGUGUCGGAAUCCAUGGCUGAUUGCUAAUCACCCGCAAACCGACAGUACUGCGUGUACCCAAUUCAUCUGUUAAUAAAUAAAAACUCUAAGGGGGAAUUUAAAACAUUGAAGAAAUCUCAAAGCUAAUGUUACGCUGUUUAGAAAUGUCAAGUUUUUUUAGAAAAGCAUAAAAUUCCGAAAAGGUUAAAAAUGGUUCUGGUUGUGUAGACAUCAGUUUCCGAUGUGCAGAACGUCCGCCCACGCAAAAAAUAAGCAAUUGGGACAGCAGAAAUAGAGCAACGUUUGAAAGCAGUGUUUUGGCCAAGUUUGCAUUUAAAUAUCUGUUAAGAAUUAGUGUGCUUUCAGGCUUAGUGGUGUGCCAAAAGUCUACAUUUUUACUAUAGAUGUUAAUGUAAAAAUGUUAGUGUAGAUGCUGAUUUUUUGCACUCUGUAAAAAGUGACUGCUUGCGGUAGUAUGAGGAUUUCUCGUUGAGUUUCGAUGCCCCUAUAAGCUCAAUUAUAUUUUGUAGAAAACGGGCACAAAAAUAUUCUUUCUGAUACUUAUUUUGCAGCGAAACACGUUUUUUUUCAAAUCUUACGCAUAAAUAAAAGUCGUUUUUUGGUUUUAAAAGCUUCUAAUUAUGUAAUUUUUUAAGAUUUCGAAGUGUUCAUUCGUGCGGCAUCAGAUCAGCCCUUUGCAACAUUUUAUGAAUCUUCUAUUAUGUCCUUCUAACGGCAUAUAGAGAUUUGUAUAUUUAUUUGACGGAAUGUAUACGGCAUGUAGUUCGAAAACCCCGAUUGCAAACGUAACGGCGGGUGAGCAAAGAAUUGUUCGGGAAUUGAAAAAAGUUUCUAAAAACUGAAAGGUACUCACUUUUCAAGUAGAAAAUUUGAAGAAGACGUAAUUUUAUACCAAAUAAGUACAAGAAAGAAUAUUUUUAUGCACGUUUUCAAUAAAAUAUAAUUGAAUUUACAAGAGCAUCGAACAUCAACGCGAAAAUGCCAUACAAAGUGUAGUUUUUGCAGAUGGCUGAAAAGAGGUUCAUUUAAAAGCUAUCCAAAUGUAGGGUGAAUAUCGAAAGUGAAGGUCACGUUUUUUUUACGCGUUCGAUCCGGCUGGGACAGCCUGAAUCUAAUAGGGCCUGAAGGUCCAAAUAGCGUGAUGGAAGGCCGAGUUGUCCCCCUAGAUGGCUGCUUCCAAAGCCCUUACGUUUAGCGGAUAAUGCUUGUUAUCGUAAAGAAGGCAUGUUUUUAGCUGACCUCACACCCCCCUCCCCCCUCCUGCCGCAUACUUGACGCGUGUCGGAAUUAAGCUGAGUGGCUAUGCAAUCAAACUAGGUGGCUGAAAUGUCCAUAAAUUGUCUUCUAACACAACGGCGCAGCCCUUCUUUGCGCGCUACCAUUAUCAUAACUGUGCUCCAAAUUUGUUUUCCGGUUGAUGUUUUGAGAGCUUUGAUCAAGUGCAGCCGUACUUGUGCCGUGACUGGCUGGCGACAGCAGAUAGACCUGCAAUAAACACUUCAUCGAAACAUCGAACAUCAGCGGGAAAAUUUCAUACAGAGUGUAGUUUUUGCAGAUGACCGAAAAGAGGUUCAUUUAAAAGCUAUCGAAAGUGAAGGUCACGUUUUUUGACGUGUUCUGUGUUCGGACCCUUUUCCACAGGGUCUAUCGUUGCUGCAGUAGCGCCGAUUUACUCAAAAAAGAACUGGCUUACUUGUAUCGCUUUUUUCGACUCAACGUAUACCCGGUGAGCUUUGUGAAAAAUUGUCUCAGAUGCCAGCAACAACCACAAAACGUCGACUCUAACGGAGACAGGGUAUCACGGAAAUUCUAUUCCCUGCCCUACAUGCCGAGAAUUUCAGAAGCGAUCGCUCGACAAUUAGAUCAAUUCGGCAUCUCCAUCGCCCACAAACCGGCGUCUUCAUUGCGCACAACAUUAUCCCGGGUAAAAGACCCCAUACCGAAGGAGCAGCAAACAAAUGUCAUUUACCGCAUUCCAUGUGCAAACUGCUCUAGCGUUUAUGUUGGGCAUACCGGCCGACGACCUGGGACCCGCAUUAACGAACAUAAGUUGGCCAUCCGCCGACGGGACCCCUUGUCUCUCGUAUUUGCGCACUCCCUUGAGUGUGAUCACCGCUUCAACUGGGAGGGGACCGAAGUGAUCGCUAGUGCCAACACCAAAUAAGCCCGAGAGUCUCUAGAAGCUUGGCACUCUCGUAACAAUAGCACCAACCGCCAUGUCGAUUUGGACGCUCACUACGAAGGCUUACGUUCAUGGUUCGUCGGCUUGCGCCCACCCUAAGACACCAACUGCUAAUCCAUGUUCGGCCAUGUAGAAUAUCACGGAUUCAGCACCCCCACAGAGUGAACCAUGUGUGAAACCCCCAACAUCUCCCCUAACGUCCGCCAGCUAUCCCAACACGUUCUUCACCCCCACGCAUAAACGUCUGUCUUGUCGAUGUAACCUCGAUGUCGCCCUAGCUCCCCAGAAGGAUUAUCUCCCUCACACUUUUCAUUUUCGUCUGACGACGGGUUGGUGUAACCGACUUGAAAAUUCACGAGUAUACCUCGAUUUUCCGACGAGCCUUUUCCUUUUAUUAUAUCCCCUCGGAAUGCAUACUACCUCCAUUAUUAAAACAUUUCAUUUGCAGUUUGGCAACGGGGCCGCCUGGCGUGUUGCUUUUUCGUCCAUUCUCGUGUCUGGUUAUAAGUUGCUUCAUUGAAUAAAGUGGACUUGUUUAUCAGAGGAAUUUCAGGGUUCACCUGAUGCCAUCGUACAGUGAGUGACCGAUCUCACGAAAUGUUAACCGAAACUUGGAAGUUCCUUUUCGAUUAGGAAUAAUUACUUAGGUACUGUUAUAAUCUUGAUUAUCAAGCGGCAUAAUCCUAUUAUGUUUCGGACUCGCCAAGAUGUCGGCUUUUGAAUGCACUUCUUUUUGAUCUCCUACAGCAAACGUACUUGGCAAGAAAUGACUACUUAAGUAGUAUACAUUUUUACAUUGACUUUUGAUGGCCGUAUAAAUUCAAAUAUAUUUUAUAGGAAACACGCAUAAAAGUAUGCUUUCCUUUGCUCGAUUGGUAGGAAACCACGUUACCUUUGCAUUUUAUAUCUGAAGGAAGGGUGUAUUUAGCUUUUAGAAGUUUCUACUUAUGAGAUUUUAAAGACCGUGCAAUGUCCAUUCAUACAGCAUCGUGCAUGUCCGUUUGCCAAUACUUCUCAUGAAAUGUAGAGCAUGGUUCGCAUCCACGGCAAUAUUUUAUGUACUCUACAUGGUAUCCUUUUAAAGGCAUAGAGGAAUAUAUGAUCUUCGUUACGCGGAAAGCAUGCACCUUGUAGGCUGAAAUUUCUAAAAACUAAUCCAACGGCUUGUCAGGCUCAAAAUUAUUCGGACAUUGGGAAACUCUUCUAAAACCUAAAUAUACCCUUUCUUUAGGUGUAAAAUGUAAAGAUAACGUGAUUCUCUACGGAACGAGCAAAAGAAAGCAUACUUUUAUGCAUGUUUCCUAUAAAAUAUAUUUGAAUUUAUACGGCCGUCAAAAGGCAAUGUAAAAAAUGUAUGCUACUUAAGUAGUCAUUUCUUGCCAAGUGCGGUUUCUGUAGGAGGUUAAAAAGAACUGCAUUCAAAAUCCGACAUACUGGCAAGUCCGAAACAAUUUAGGAUUAUGCCGCUUACUAAUCAAUAUUGUAACGGUACCUAAGUAAAUCUACCUAAUCGAAUAGGCAUUUCCGAAUUUCGGUCAACAUUUCAUGAGAUCAGUCACUCACUGCAGGUGCCCAAUCGUCCUCCCUCUCUACCAUUAAGAUGGUCAACAGAGCCACUAAGCCAAAUGGACAUUACUAAAUGGUUCCACUUAUGCCGCGCCAAAAAAAUCAUACAUUGGGUCCGACGUUCAACCACAACAAAGCGCUAUGUUCUUGAAAGAUUACAGUAGGUGAAGUAACUCCUGACUUGCUGUCUGCAAUCAAGAACUUUGUUUUCUGUGGUAGGGGGCGCUCACCAAUCGUCCAUACGGAACUCACUCUUCCGUUGUGCCUUAAGGGCUCUCUCUCGAGCCCAACCAGCAACCGCACAGCGGCACAUGAUAUAUAGGCAGAAUGGUAUUACCGACAAAGACAAGGGAGACUGGAAUGGCCAUUUCUGGCUUAUUAGCCGUCGUCAGCCAGCCAUACCCAAGCCCGAAGUGUGGAACACCCGAGCCUCGAACUCGUGACCUGUUGGUUUAGAAGUCCACGCCUCUAGCCACCGGGCCACGAGCCCGUUGCCCUGGCCAACGCUCAAGCGGCCUGAGUUACAAGGCCAGACCUGGAGACGUGAGUUUAAUCACAUUUGGGUCAAGUUACUCGCCCAAGCUACAGCAACGCCUGGGAUCCACCAAAUAUGGUACAGUAAGCUGCAGUCGCACUUGUUCCGUGUGGCUGGCUGGCGACGGCAAAUAGACCUACAAUAAACAUUUCAUUUCCAGUUUGGCAACAGGGUCGCUUGUCGUGUUGAAUUUGCGCCCAUUCUCGUGUCUAGCUCUAGUUUGUCUCAUUCAAUAAAGUGGACUUGGUUAUCAGAGGAAUUUACCGGCUCAUCUGAUGCCAUCGUAGGUGUCCAAUCGUCAACAGAGCCACUAAGCCAAGUGGACAUUACUAAAUGCUUCCACUUAUGCCGGGCCAAAAAAACUCACACAUUGGGUCCGACGUUCAAUCACAAAGCGCUUUCUUCUUGACAGGUUAGAGUAGGUGAAGUAACUCUUGACUUGCUGACUGCAAUUAAGAAAUUUUUUUUCUAUUUGAAGGGAUGCCUUGGAUGGGGUUGUAAUAUCGAUUAUCAUACAGCAUUAGUAUGCCAGCUUUUUAAUGCGUUUCUUUCCGACCGCCUGCAUUGGCCACGCCCUGUAAAAAGUUCUUGACUGGUAUGAAUAAGUCCAAACACAUUUUACAGAAAACACGCACAAAAAUGUCCUUCCUCGUACACAUCUGAUAGAAAAUCACCGCUUCUUCAAAUGUCAUACUCAACGGAAGCGCAUCUCUCGAUUCGAAAAAGUAUUCCUAUUCUCUAAUGUUUUGGGAGAUUUCGAAUAAUUUAUAUUGACCCAACUGUGGAAGACUCGGCGCCUUGGUCGGAUUCGAACCCACGACAGUAUCUGCUUAGGCAGUCAGCUUACUGUAUCGUAUUUGGUGGAUCCCAGACGUUGCAGUAGCUUGGGCGGGUAACGUGACCCAAAUGUAAUUAAACUCGCGUCUCCCGGUCGGUUGGCAGAUUUUGAAUAAUUCAUAUUGACCCAGACGUGAAAACCUCGGCAACCUCAGUGGGAUUCGAACCCACGCAGAAAGGGGAAGGCUUCAGUACAGCCAACGCUCUAACCACCUGAGCUACGAGGCCCCGCCGGACGACGCGAGUUUUAUCACACUUGGGUCAAGUUACCCGCCCAACCUACUGCAACGUCUGGAAUCCACCAAAUAUGAUACAGUAAGCUGCUUGCCCAAGCAGAAUUUCAUAAGUAAUUCACCUAGAAUCCACCAGAUGACUACCACGAUCACGUCAUUCAUAGGUGUUUUGGCAGAGUUUGAAUAAUUCAUAUUGACCCAACUGUGAUUAAACUUGCGUCGUCCGGCGGGGCCUCGUAGCUCAAGUGACUAGAGCGUUGGCUUUACCAAAACCCUCCCCUUACUGUGUCGGUUCGAAUCUCACCGAGACUCCGAGUUUCGCACAGUUGGGUCAAUAUAAAUUGUUAAAAGUAUGCAAAAACACCUAUGAAUUACGUGAGCCUGGUAAUCAUCUAGUGGAUUCUGGAUUGGUUACUGAUAAAGCCUGCUUGUAAUCCUGCCUUCCAAAAAUUACGUGUAAUGAAAUGUGAUUAAACUCGCGUCGUCCGAUGGGCUCUCGUAGCUCAGGUGGUUAGAGCGCUGGCUGUACUCAAACCCUACCCUUGCUGUCGUGGGUUCGAAUCCCGCUGAGGUCGCCGAGUUUUACACGGUUGGGCCAAUAUGAAUUAUUCCCUAAUAAUUUUUGAAUCGAACUGUGGUUUCAAUUUCUUUUGGGGUUUCUGAGCUACAUCCUAUACAGUUUCCAUUAGAAGGAAUUCAAACCCUAGUCUGAAUGACUUACUAUACUGACAGCACAGGUAUUAGCUAAGAGCCCUGUACCUACUCUGCUAGAUUGGUAUUUGCACGCAACUGGCCUCAUGUUGGCUGCGUCUUAAUAUUACGCAAUUAUUCUGCUGUACAUGAGGGAUUUCAACUCAAAUAUUCAUAACACGAAGAUGUGAUCACUGGAACAAGAACUUUAUUGGCCUGACGUUUCGGAUUCUAACUCGAACCCAUCAUCAGAGACAGUCGCAGAUAAGGGUAAUAGUGGUACAAGGAAUGCGGUAUUAAUAGCACGUGGCUGCCGUGGGACCAUAUGUGCACUGUAAUUAAUACCUCUCGAAAUCAUCGCUGGGGUCGUAAUUAAUGCGAUGAUGGCUUGUCAGUCCGCGUCCGAGUCAUUAAUGGCCAUGUUUUCGCCAUCCGUGUUGGAUGCUGGCGUUACGAUCGCUCUGCAAAUUGGCUCACUGUCACUGGGAUAACUGCUCGCUCGCGCCCUCCCCACGUGACUGAUUCCCUGCCCAGAGAAAAUCUUAGCACGUACUAUGGUACGGGGAGGUCAUUGCGCUUGUUGAUAGAUUGCGGGCCUGAGAACCAUGACUCGAGCAGCUCGCGGCCCACGCGGUUGUCACCCCCUGCGAGGAUUUCGGCCUCCUGAAACUUGAAAUUAUGACCGUGUCCCGUCGAAUGAGCCGCCCCCUGAGAGCUAGCGUCUCCAUGCCUCACUGCUGAUGUGUACUCGGAAAUUCGCGUACGCAGUAAUCUCCCAGUUUCUCCGACGUAGUUACUUUGUCCGCAACUGCACCAAAUCCGGUAAACGACUCCAGACGUUCCCUGCCGUGACAGUGGGUCUUUCGGCUUCAUGACUUGGCGCCUAAUAGUUGCUUUUGGCCCGUGUGCAGCCCCAACUCGAAGUGGAGUGAAAAUAUUUCUGUCGACUUUCGGACCGAACCUGAAGAGCUUUGUAACGAAAAAUUUACUCAAUUAGAAUCUAGAUCAGGUCUAAUUCCCCACUGCUCACCGCAGUAACGCUGCUCCUCGUCCAGUCUGACGUUGGAACCCUCUAGUCUAGUGAAACUCAGUUUCUUCCACCAACUGUCCGAAACCUCCAUUCAUAUAUCGCAUAUUUUGACUUUUCUGUCACAGCCGACGUCCUUCGCAAGUAUACUUCUGUUACCGCAGAUCGUACGCCGACGGCGCGGAAGGCCGCUGACAAUAGUUCUCAUCCCGCCUCGCCGCCCAAAUUAGAUCACCCACCCAAUCGCCUUAUGCACGAUCUCUACCGCCAGAGAAAGCAGGAACGGUCCGAACCUGCUGAAAAGACGAGGACGGCGGCGUCGGCGGCGUCUACUGCCGUUUCUGAUGCCAGACCUGGAGACUUUCUCUACGACCUGGACGCCAGUAGCAUCGAGAACGAACUUCACUCCCUGCGGACCGGAAGACGUCGCCACGGCACUGCCCGCAGUGGUAGCAUUAACAAUUUGGCUGAGCACUCCACCUACGAGGAAAUACUGCCUCGAUCACGUCGACCGGCGUCGGUCUGGCGAUUGGAUGAUCCACCCGUGGAGGAGGAGGCGGGGGACUCCGAUCUCUCCCCGUUCCUUAUGCGUCUGGUCGACGGCGGCAGUAAGAACAGACAGCACCGGCUGGAGAACCUCCUGGACGCCUAUGGCCCUGUGCCCAGUCUGCUUCAACACCAACGGUUCCCCAGCUUGGCGGCGAUACCGAAGGAGGGUGAGGAGGAGGAGGAGAGUGCGGUUGAACCGCCCGGCAGACGCCGGCGCUUUCUGCGGCCACCUCCGCCUGCAGUAUUGACCGCUCCACCAAAGUCUCGGGGGUUUCGGCUACAUCCCCUGCUCGAGAGGUACGCUCGCGCACGAUUUCUCCCCCCGUCGGAGGAAGAGGAGCCGGUGGAGGAGGGGGAGGCGUUAAUGGAGCCAUCUGCGACCGGGACGAUGGCGGUCCUGCCGCGAAGCCAUCUGCCUCGUCAGCAUACAGCCCUGCCUUAUCGCGGACGUUCUCGUCGUCGAGGUCACGGUGUAGCAUUUUAUGAGGAAAACGGUAAGUUCUGUUCUUCAACCGUUUCACACUCAGUCAGAUGUCUUCUCCCCGCACUCCUUUACACAACCCGCUUCACCGUUUUCUAUUUUCUCGCUGGCUGACCGCAGACAAUGCACCCCUGGCUCUCUUGAUUGGCUGAUCGUGCCCCCCCCCACAACGGACCAUGCUUUAGAUGCACUGGACCAGCACGAGGACCAGACCAGGGUCUGGCACGCUUUACUGGGUUGUGAAACCAUUAGCAGUGAUAUACAUAGGCGAUGCGAUGGCACGCCUAGAUGCAGGCUCGUGCCGCGCCGCCAACCUGCGCACGCUUCCGACUCCGCCAUGAAACUGAAUCCAGUUGGGAGAGGAGAAGGGAGUGUGGUAGAUGCUGCGCAAGUAUGCUAUCACUUCAAACUAAUUCGCACCCAAGUCACCUUUCCUGCGCCCAGCCACACAGUGAACAUCGUCGGAUUCGACGGUUGAACUGUCAUCAGUUGGCUCAUUGUCGUACUCUGGUACAGAUCGGAGCUCUGAGUUCUUCCCUACGGUCCUUCUUGCUUUGUCGUUUCCGCUGUCUCUCAGACAGUACUCCGCAGCCGCAUGGUUAAUCAGAAAAAAGUGUCUAUCGUCAGGACUUGAUAUGCCGAGUGUUCAUCGCUGGUAGCACGCCUUUGCCCUUAAAACUAACCACGCGGUAGAUGUGCUAGAACAACACAGCGGCUAAAUCGGAGUGGGAUAUGCAGUAUCGGACAUAACGCGCAGGGUGUGGGGGCACACCCGUUUCCAGGUUUGCGCUGUGGUAGUUGGGAUCCGGGCCGCCCGGUCAGUGUGUGUGUUGUGGACCAAUAGGCGUGGUGGUUUGCGUAGGUGCGGCUUUCGCCGUUCCCGUGGGCGCAGCGCAAGUCGCCGUCCCUGCUGUGGCGCACGCGGUGUCCGUCGUUGGCAACGACGGCCGAACGGUUGGCAGCACGCCUGCAUACUUCCUCCUCUAACUCCGGCUGAUACAACCGACUCCACGUUGCAAUCUCCUGACGUCUUCUAAUGGUCUCUCUCUCUCUCCAUCACCUUCGGUCGGUGCCACACAUGCAAACCCAGUUGGCCCAUUAGCCAAAUCCAGAGAUGCGCUAAAGGGGUCAGGUGUCCCCCAACAGCCGCGUUGAUGUCGUCGUCGACGUCGGCUGUAUGGACAGAGUUCGCUUAAAUUGACCUCCCCUGCAACUUUCGCAGCACAUGGCCGAACUGUCUCAUUCGGCAAGCACGGCGGUCGGGCUUGGUCGGCGAACGACUGUUGUAGCAUCGUUCGCAUGGACUAACAACAUUGACGAAACACACUCAGUCAAAUUGCAUCUUUUGAGCGCACAGGCCAUCUUUUAUCAUAGCCAUACAGAAGCAUUGCCCUCAUGAAGGUCUCCUUGAUCUUCGGGCCGAUUGUACGUCAAUUCAGAAGAAGAAGAUGUGAUCACUGGAAUAAGAAAUUUACUGGUGUGACGUUUCGGAUUCUCACCCGAAUCCAUCACCAGAGACAGUCGCAGAUAAGGCUAGUGGUGGCACAAGGAGUGCAGUAUUUAUAGCACGUGGUUGCCGUGGGACCGUGCGCGUGCUGUAAUUAACAGCUCUCGCAAUCACCGCUGGGGUCGUAAUUGAUGCAAUGCUGGUGGCUUGUCAGUCCGCGUCGGAGUCGUUACUUGUCGUGAUUCCGUCACCCGUGCCGGAUGCUGGUUUGACGAUUGUUCGGCGAAUUGGCUGACCUGUCACUGGGAUAAUUGCUCGCCCGCGCCUUCCCACGUGACUGAUUCACCUGCUCAGGGAAAAUCUCAGCAAGGAAUACGGUAGCAGGAGGUAAUUGUGCGCGUUGAUGAUUGCGAGAGCUGUUAUUUACAGUGUCGCAUAUGGUCCAACGGCAGCCACGUGCUAUAAAUACUGCACUCCUUGUGCCACCAACACCUUUAUCUGCGAAUGUGUCUGAUGAUGGAUUCGAGUAAGAAUCCGAAACGUCAGGCCAAUAAAUUUCUUGUUCCAGUGAUUGCAUCUGACCAGCCGGUUGUUUUCCUCCUCCUCUAUCGUAAAAUGAAUGUUCGGGAAGACGGUGGUGAGAUGUUAUUUGAAUGUCAGCACCUGAUCCCGUUCGAUUACGACGGAGGUAUCAUCGAUAUACAGAGCCCAGAAUUUCGAUCUGUGGUAUCGAAAAACCAGCAACUCCAACCGUUGUAGGACCGCCUCGGCUCUGAGUCCCGAAAUCGGCGAACCCAUUGGCGUUCCUUUCACCUGCUCGUAGAUUGUUCAAUCGAACGUUAAGUACGUCUUGAGACAGAACUUCAGGUGCUGGAUGAUUUGGGUGUGUCCGAGGUGAUUCUCCGUUUUGUCGUAUUUCUCUCAUAUGAGUAGUUCAAUUGUCUCGACUGCCAAGUCCUGCGGGAUAUAACUAAAACGGGACAUGACAUAAACGAAAACCAUGACAUCGCCUGGCAGGAGACUUACUCCUUUAAUUUUCUCCAAGAAUCGCGUUGACGAGCUGACUGUGGUGUGCGAAUCGAGGGUCAGAAACUUGAGACGUCGGAACAGCCACUUUGCCAGUCCGUAGGUUGGAAUGCCCUUUAGUGGUACGAUGUACGUCUAUUCCAGAGGUUUCAGCUAAGAUGGACGAAGACCGCGCGCCUGGUUGACUUGACGCUGGGUUUCGAACUUGUCCUCCUGUCCAACAGAGAGUUCGACGCUAGCUGGCAAAAGCAGUCCACUAGUCCGAAAGUCGGAUACCUUCUCUCGAAAGCUCAAAGCGAUUAUUUUUGCUUCGAAAGAGUCAACUUCCAAGCCCUCUUUGACUGCCUUUGCAUCUGCUUAAGAGACGACUAAUCACAAUUCUGCAAAAAGAUUAGGGAGGACGACUUAUUUCACAUUAGUUCUCAUACAUAGUGAGCUGUCGCUCUUCUGGAAGGUUGUUGUGACGACAACGUCCCCCCCCCUCCCUCUGUUGGAAUGGUCUCCGCUCCUAAAAUAUGCGUUAUGAGCCGGUGUAACGGGCUGUCGACUGUUUUUAAACAGCACCUGCAGAUUUCUCAUUAAUGACGGUCCUUUUUAGGCGCCUUGUUCUUCAUCGGUCUCGCCAUCACCCCAGAGAUCUCCGUGGUAGACGAGGGCAAAAUGCCCUCUCACCGGCGGUUGUGUCUCCGACAUGGAUGCCAUCCAUACAGGUUGGUUGUGUCUGCGCCGUUCGGUGACUGACUCAUCUUUCAAAUCCGAUGCAGCCGCUGUGCAUCUCUAUUAUCUCGAUAGCGUCGCAAAUCUCCGGCACUUUUGCUGCAGAAAUCGUUGCGUUGGGACCCUCGCUGUUUUGCAGUCCGAAUAAGUCGAGAAGUUGAAAUUAUUAUGGCAGCCCUGCAAGUCCGGGCAAGAUUCUAGGAACAUCUACUGCCAUCGAAACAGUAUUUCCCUCGUCCCAGCUGGGACAGGCCUGUUCCCAUUAAAUUUUUCGUUCCACAAUGGGUUAAAGGCUACCCUCAUUUAACAACACUACUUUCGUAAGAGUCAGUAGGCAGUAGCAAGUAAUAUACAAAGUUGGGUCGCAUAUAACGUCCUUUCCCUUGUUUGUGUUGUAAAUACUACUUAAAUAACGCUUACUGCCUGUUGGAUCGUUCUGGCUGAGUAUAGUCUGUGCGCGUACUGAAAUGACUCUCAGCCGGUAACUGCUUUGUCCCUGAGUUGUGCGCCUUUUUACAAUUAAACAAAUUUGCUAAUUCGGCUUUUUCUCUCCCAAUUAAUCUUCGCUAGAGCCUACCACGAAGAACGGCGUGCGUGAAACUGAAAUGUCGGGUGGUACUGCCGCCAGUGACGACACGGCCCGAGGUAAGACUGAGUUUUAUAUUUUACAAGAAGUUUCCAUCACCAGGCUGGUGUUUGUGUCUAUUUCGGUAAUCUCACAAGAAGUUGUUCCCGACUCUCCUAUGGCCUACUUUAUUCUAUUUUUGCACAUCGUCAUCUCUUUCGGCUGAUUCGCUCCCCCCCCCCGACGUUGUCCCUGCCGGGAAAAGUACUGCGAACAAUCCAAAGCAGCCGAUGUAACUGAUUGAACUUACGCAAGGCCUUCUAGGUAAACGGAGCAUGCGACGGCUCAGCUUUCACUUUUACCUUGCCCCAGGCAGAGCGGGAACCCUAUUGGCUUACUUACUUAAAGUGUCCUUCUAAACCGUUAUGGAUACCACGCUCGCGCACAUAAGAUCUGGCCUUUCAAGAGGGAACUGAGUUCUGCACGGACCUCGCAAGACUUACCCGCUCUUUCAUCGGGUGUUUUCACUCCACAUUAUUUAUUUUCCCCUGGGGAUAACGUAUUCUAGUGUGUGGGAAACCGGCCGAGUUUCCGGCUGCAUGCUGCAUGUUCUAUUUUUUGAAUUAUAAAGUCCAACCUCUGUUGUGUAGUCUCUCCGCCCUGUUUUAAAAUAGCCGUGGGCUAGAGUGUUGCAUAGUCACCCUUCAAUAAAUCAAAACCAUGGAUCAAUGGAAAUAGGGGUGUUUUGGGCGAAGCCAACAAAAAUCCACAAAAAUACCUAUUUUACUAAAAUAAUACCAAUCAAUUGUAAAGCGACCCAACUCUUAUUUAAAUGAGUAAAUAACCAUAACGGGGAAACCGCACGAAACAAAGUGCAUAAGACAAUCAAACGACUAGAUGCCACAGAUGGCUAGCUCAAUAACAUUCACGAACACAGGCCGUACAACCAAUGUAUCCAAAGGAAUAAGUUGCUAAAAUCGGCACAGAAUUCCAAAGUUUCACCCAACAUAGUCUCAAUAAGGUUGUUUCAAUAGAUCGGAAGUAAAAAUCUUCCGAAUGUGUGACUAAGACCCGGUAGUGCAGGUAGCCUUGCGCGGUGCAAUUCUAACAUCAAUUAAAAACAAGACGAGCGUUCAACUAAAUGGAAAUGAGAAGAGAGAUAUGGAUAGUCAUUUUUUGUCAACUGUGUCUCAAUGAAGAGUUCUAACCAACUCUGUAAUAUCUGCGCUCUAAGCUGCCUAGCACGUCACCGUUUCAAGUGCGCAAAAAGUUCCAGUACGUCAAUACGGCCUACCCGACGAAAAUAAGUAGCAACAAUGUUAGCGCUAUUUCAUGGCUGUGUUGGUUGGGCUGCACUCGCCCAACUUGAGAAUUGCCUAAUCAAAAUCGUGACCAGAAGUAUGCAAGCACGCAACAGCAAAAAGUAAAAACCCUAUCAACAGAUACAAUGGACCAGAAUAAUUAUUUAUGGCUCCCUGGUUUACAUCAACCAGUCAUAACCGAGCCCGGAUUAGUUGGAAUUCGAACACAAAUCGGUUAGAGCUAAACAUUCUACCAUUUAAACCACGACCCCUCAAGAGUUCUGCGCUCGACACACGUCAGCAUCUGCCACUACCUCGUGGUAGUAAAGGAUGUUUUCUCCGCUAGUGAAGCGUUUUUCUGUCGAAGGUCCGACCAUGUUCAGUAGGAUAGCAUUCUGUGGCAGGGCCUCUGGUAUGGACACCGACCGUCAUUGUCCGCCAACAGGGGUUAUAACACGUCUAAGCCACUUUACAGGAAUGUAUCCAAACCAGCAACGCAUAGUUUGUUUGUUGGAAUAAAAACUGCAGAUCUUAUAGCCCGUAAUUUAUGUAAGACCUCUAAGGCAGAGAGAGAGAGAGACCAAAAUUAAGAGACGUCUACAAAACAACUCGAUCUUUUUUCGAGAGUAGGUGUGCUGUUUGUUUUGACCACUCAGAAAUUGGGCUAUGCCAGAAGCACAACCAUUGCUUCUGGUGUAAUCUGACCCUCGGUGCGGUCCACGCCGCCGUUAGUGUAGAUUGGUACACACAGUGGGGCCGGGAUGUGCGUGGCACGCGCAGACGGGCUGUGGGGCUUUCUCAGUCGACGUGUCCAGCUGUCAUCACCAGUUUAUUUAAAGACUCAGAAAAGGUGGAAAAUAAGAGGAUGAGGCCGACAUUGGGGAAUUUAUUGCCAGAACAUUAUAAUAAGUCAUAAUUAUCACGACACGUUAUCAGCCGUGAGUUGGAAUUUUUCGAACUGACGGGGCAGCUCAGGCCCUGAAGUGACUGAAGGACUAAGCGCGAGACUUUAGUGGUUCAUUCUUAAUGUGGCCGUUAUGACACUCAACUCGUAGCAAAGUGACUGGAGGAGAGAGCGUGAUGCAUGCUGCGCAAGUCUCCGGUGUUGUGCGGACUCCGUGGGUUAUGCGGUAGACGUCUUCGCUUGCGGCUAUCGAAGCCGGACAACCGCACCCCCUUGUAUACUCCUGUAAUUCGUUUAGCCCGCGCCGUCUGAAUCUAGGUUUUGAACGUCGGGUCUGGGGCCACUCACUAUUGAGCUCUCGUGAUAGCGUUUGGAACCCGUCCACUUUUUAGAUAUUUUUUACUUAAAUAAGCAAAGUUAAGAGUAGUAGCUCAAGUAACUGAGAACUGUGAGGUCGGCGGGGUGCCUUUAUUCAUGAUCCGACGUUUCGGACACUUUUCGAGGGUGGGUGCAAGAUAAUGUCCACACGCGAUCAACUGAACAUGGACAGCAAUUAACGACUGGCGCCACCAGACCAUCAUCCCCUGCGCAGGUUAAUUUACUAAAAGACCGAUGCAAUUAGGCCAUUGUCGCCAGCCCGGCGACAGGUGCACGGCAAACCCAGCCUUAAUCGUGAGGAGUUAUGGGAGCAUUCAGAAAGAUCACACGACUGCAAUUAUGGCCUGCUUUGGUGGACAUUUAUAUAAGUGACGAAGAAGAGUCGAGCACCGGAACACUUUGUUUAUUGUCCUGAACUUUCAGACUCGUACAGGAGUCCAUCGUCACAGGUAGUAGCAGCAACAGAACGAGCGACAGUUAUAAGGCAUUUAGGCCAAUCAUCGACCGACGGCGCAAGACUAGGGGUGACUGCGUGGGGCUCUGUACGCAGGCGCCUGAUCGAUAAAUCGACUGACUGAGUUCUCAUCUGAGGCCCAGACUUCAAUCAAUUCUCGACCUGUUUUGUUUCCGGCGUGGGCGACUGCUUUGCUAGCUUCGCAGUUUAACUCACGACCAACUUCGUAGGUGUGGGCGGCCACUUGUGAUAAUGCGUCGCCUCGUCGCACAGCCAGCUUAUGUUCGUGUAUGCGCAAUCCGAGCACGCGCCCAGUCUGUCCGGUGUAGUUACAAGUACAAUUUUGACAUGGAAUGCGAUACACUACUCCAGAUUACUUUUUAGGCUUUAACCGGUCUUUGAUUUUCACGACCAUAUUGCGCAUGGUGGCUUUGGGGCGGUGUGCAGUUCUAACACCUUGCUCCACAGCAAUGCGCUCGGUCGCUUCUGAAACGCCCUAUCCAUUCACUGCCAAGUUAGGGGAGCAUUCAGACAGAUCGCACGACUGCAGUUAUGGCCUAAUUUGGUGGACAUUUAUAUAUCUGCAGUAGUCUGUGUUAGGUAUGCAAAACAGAGGGGGCUGGUCGCAGGGAGGGCGUGAACUGAGCACAGUGUUGAGCACAGGUGAUACGUCUUAGAAGAGGGAGCAGUCUACAUAGCACAGAGAAACGCCAUAGGUUGAGGGGGUAGCCAAUCAACUCCGUAUGACCUUGAGCGUCUGCCAGUCACGCGCAUGUCGCUUGAUGUCUGGAAAAAUUCAUUACAGUAUGCACGUUUCCAGUCUACGAUAGUGAGUAGUAGGCCUUGUUGUGCAAAACUUCAGACGCGCGUCGUGGACCCCACGUCCUGUCAAUUUCGACCGACAUUAUUGAAGCUCACAUGGCAGCGGUGUUCAUUGAUCAGUCUUGGUUACAGGGCAGAGAUUGGCACUGCCGUUUAACUUUCCCAAGGCCCCAGCCUAGAGCCCUCUCAGCUGCUCAAACAGCAACAACAAUCAAGAAGAUUUAUCGACAUAGACAAGGUCAUUUCUGACUAGUUGAAGUCCAGCUGCAGGUUGGGAAACACCUAGGUUGAAACUGUGGUCGUUUUGCCACAGAUAGUCUGAUUUAAAACAUAGUACUUUUCUAAAAUUUCAAGUCAAUUACUAAAGGCGAUUUUGGCAACCUAUGCCCGCCCCUCCGCUCAUAAGUCUGAAGCUAACCAUUUGGACAUAGCCUAACCAGUCAAACUCGGAAUGUCAUUCUAUCACUUUUAAUUUGGUGCUGCGUAUGGCAUUCCCUCCUUAGUUUACCAAAUGAAUCGUUUUAAGCGCUUAAAAGUCUCUUAGGGUCUGCAACCUGUCGUUUUUUCAGGCCCUUAGGUUAUACAUUUGGGCAUUCUGGGCGUGCCUACCUUCCGUUAUCGGUAGGUCGAUUAGGCGCCAGACAUCGGUAAAUCGAUUUUUAGUCGUGCACAUUUACUUGCAUUUUCAUUCUCUUGGCCAUUUUCUUCUCAUUCCUGGAACUCUUGCAGACAGUCCAUACAUUUCAUGCCCCUUUCUGACUACCGUGAUGUCCCUAAAUUAUGCCUCACUCGCAUGUUGCAAUAUUUCGCCAGUCCCUUCUACCCGUUUUAAGUAGAGUUCUUUUCACCAAACUGGCCCCGGCCCAAAUGGGUCUAAUUUCCCUUUCCCUUCUUUCCUUAAUAUUGCCCUGCCACUUGAUCCAUUGGCCACUCCGAUCUUUUUAAUGGUUUUCGUCACUUUUACCUUACUUCCUUACACCCUCCUCCUCCUCUCUCCGCCUCCUAUCACUUUGAUCUCAGUCCGGUACUCCUGGCUGCCUUGCCCAGUUCACAUGUUUAAUUUGGUUCCUGCCCUACGAUUUCUCACGCUUUUCCUCUCUCGCCUUCCCCGGGCGCUUUAAAGCCGUGGAGUCCAAGAGUAUUGCCGACGGUGGCGGCGGCGGCGGCGGUGUCUCCUUCACCUCCUCAUUCGCCGCACGAAAUCGCACCCAGUGGCACAUCGCUGCCAUCCUGCUUGCCGUUGGUCUGGGCCUAAUCUCCUGUCUGUUCGGCUUCCUGGUUGGUCGCUGUCGCAAGGACACCUGCGGUGGCGCUCGCUCCAAGGCCGUGGCCGCGAGUCGCCUCCGGCGUCGAAUUCGAGACAGUCGACAGGCUGCCGCAGCAGCGGCGGGACUUGGCAGUGACCUUGAGAAGAACGGCCUCCUGACGGGACUGCAGUUGUGA